AUGUUUGUACCUAAAAAGGAUGGUUCCCACCGUUUGGUUGUCAACUACCAUUGCCUCAAUAACCGCACCAAGAAAAACGUCUACCCGUUACCCUGCCCAGAUGACCUCAUGGCCCAGCUCCAUGGCGCCAAGGUUUUCACUAAGCUAGAUCUACAAUGGGGGUACAACAACAUGCAAGUUAAGGAAGGUGACAAAUGGAAAACCGCGUUCCAAACCAAGUACGGCCUUUAUGAGUCCCUGGUCAUGACCUUUGGCUUAACAAAUGCUCCUGCCUCCUUCCAGCACUUCAUGAACAACCUGUUCAAAGACCUACUGGAUGUAUGCGUCAUCAUUUAUCUUGAUGACAUCCUAAUCUACUCAAAAGAUGACGCAUCCCACACCCAACAUGUUCAUGAAGUUCUACGGCAUUUGAUGGAAAACCAGCUGUUUUGCAAGGCUUCCAAGUGCACCUUCCACAUCACCUUGGUGGAAUACUUAGGGAUCAUAGUAUCAGAUAAGGGCUUCAGUCUGGAUAAGCUCAAGAUCCAGGCUGUCCAGGAGUGGCCCACGCCCACCAAGGUUAAAGAACUUCAGUCCUUCCUUGGUUUUGCCAACUUCCUCCGCUGGUUUGUUGCCAACUUCAGUCACAUGGCCAGGCUGUUGCACAACCUGGUGAAGAAGGACACGCCAUGGAAAUGGGGUACUAGGGAGCAGGAAUCCUUCCAAGGCCUAAAGGACGCCAUCACAAACGCCCCAGUACUCUGUCACGCCAACCCUGCCAAACCAUAUUUCCUUGAGACCAACGCAUCAGGGGCAGCCCUGGAAUCAUUCAAAGGUGCCAAACAGAACUACAACACCCAUGAUAAGGAACUCUUGGCAAUCAUUAGGUUGUUUGAAUACUGGCACAUAUUCUUGGAAGGGACGGAACACCCAAUUACGGUCUUCACAGAUCAUCAGAACUUGGAGUAUUGGAAGGAGUCUAGAACCUUCAAUUGUUGCCAUGCCAGAUGGCACCUACUACUAGCCGGGUAUAAUUUCCAAAUUGUCUACCGCCCAGGGAAACAGUUGGGAAAGCCAGAUGCACUCUCACGCCGUUCAGACCAUGCCAAUAUACCUCCUGCCAACCAAACAAUGCUCCCCAACCCUGUAUUUGCCAAUGUUGCUCUAGUAACGCCAGAGAAAGAACUCCAACGCCAGAUCAAGGCAGCCUUAGAUCAGGACAAAUCUCUGGAGGAAAUACUCCAAUUCCUCCAGAAUGAGUCAAAGGCACCCCUGUCUAUCAAAAAGGCCUUCAAGGAUUAUCAAAUGGAAGCCGGGUUGUUGUUUUACCAAGGGCGUAUCAUGGUCCCUGACAUUGGUACACUAAGGAUGGAAUUACUCCGCAUCUUCCAUGAUAGCCCCCUGGCAGGUCACCCAGGGCAACAGCGGACUCUAGAAUUGGUCUCUAGGAACUACUACUGGCCUGGAAUCUGUGCAGACACGUAUUGGCACGUUAACUCUUGCAAAACUUGUCAAUGGAUCAGAAAACCAAAGUACGCGCCUAUACCGCCUCAACCCCUAGAGUUACCAACAUGCCCCUGGCAACACAUGUCUUACAACAUGAUAGUAGACCUACCCAAAGAUGGAAGCAACAAUUCUAUUCUGGUCAUUGUGGACAGUUUCACCAAAUACAUCAUACUGGUGGAAUGCUCCAAAAAACUCAGGGCACCAGAACUAGCGGACCUAUUCCUACAUCACGUGUGGAAGCAAUACGGCAUGCCAGAAAAAACAGUCUCAGACCAAGGAAGAGUCUUCAACAACAAGUUCCUGAAGGCACUCUACCAACGCCUAGGGAUAGACCCUCACUUCUCCUUGGCUUACCACCCCCAAAGCAACGGCCAAACAGAGCAAGUCAAUUCCACAGUCAAACACUUCCUGCAGGCCUACUUGGGAAUCAAUCAGAAGGACUGGGUCAAGUGGUUACCUAUGGCGGAAUUUGCCUACAACAACGCAGUACACAGUAGCACUGGCAAAUCACCCUUCAAAGCGCUAUAUGGAUGGGAACCAUCCCUGACCCCAAGCAACGUCCCAACAGAUGUCCCAGAAGCGGAUGACCUGGCAACCCAAAUGGAGGCGCAAUGGCGGGAAAUAGAAGCGGCACUUUGGCAAUCAAAGACACGCAUGACAGCCGGAGAGACAGGAGAACCCAUCAGCUUUGAAAUCAGAGAAGAGGCCUGGCUAGACACCAAAAACAUCAAGCUAAAAACCCUAAGUCCCAAGCUAACGGAACAACGCCUGGCCUUCAAAAACCGCCCACCACCUGUCACUGUGGACAGAGAAGAAGAAUACAAAGUCAAAGGUAUAAUGGAUGCAGAAGAACAAAACGGAAAUUGGUUCUUUAGGGUAAAAUGGAAAGGUUAUGGGUUGGAAGAAAACAUGUGGGAACCUUGGGAAAACCUGAAAAACGCAGGAAAAAUUUUGAAGAAGUACAAGGAAGAUAUGAAGAAGAAGGCCCUUGGCACUGCCAAGGCCCUUAGAGGGGGGGCAGUGUUGUAG